AUGUUCGGGGACACUAAUCUUGGUCUUGGACCCUCCGUAGUUUUGCACUUAUCAAGAAGCGUUACCGAAGGAAGUUGUUUAUAUCACGACAGACAUUUCACCACCAUUCCAUUAAUAGAAGAAUUGCAAAAGCGGAACCUACACAGUACAGGAACUAUCAUGGCGAAUAGAAUACCAGACAAGACCAGUUUAAAAUUCCAGAAGGACAGUCAAAAGAAUCGUUUUGAGAGCCAGCAGAUGGUAAGGGACCCUAAAGUGUUAGUAAAGUGGAAAGACAAUAAGUCUGUAUUGAUAGCUUCUAACUGCACUGGAUCAAACUGUACUGAAAUGGUUAAAAGAUGGGAUAACCGAACUCGCACCUAUGUUGACGUGACUGCACCACAAAUAAUUCAAAAUUAUAACCGAUACAUGGGAGGAGUGGAUGUUCUCGACCAACAAGUUGAAUACUACAGAACAUUCAUAAAAACUCGGAAAGGACACUGA